AUGGCAGCAGGCCGCUACGACCAGUCGAGCCAGCCCGGCCUGCCGCUUGACGCCAUUCAAUUUUGGCUGCAGCUCGAGAAACCCGAUCAGAUCUCACCGCUGGUGCCGUCGACAGGGGAGGCAGCCUCCGGCCUACUCAUUCUGCAGGAGAUAGACGCCGGUUCGGAAGACCCGAAAAAAGCAACGCAAAAAGCAAGCUCCCCACAGCCCUUGCCUCGCGCGCCCAAGCCGGCGCGGACUGCCGUCGAGACCUGUUUCGCGCGGAUUGCCUCACCGCACUGCGCGCAUUUUUCUCUCGCGCAUCUGCUGUCAAUCUGCGUAAAAGCAACACCAGCGAACGCGGUGUUGACGGACGACGGAGACGAAGACGACGACGACGACGACGACAACGACAACGACAACAACGACGACGACGACUACGACGACGACGACGACGACGACGACGACGACUUCGAGAUCGAGGCUGGAGAUUUACGCCACUGUCGCAGGUGCGGAUCCCUCGAGAAUCGCCGGCCCAGGCAUUCCGAAUUGCGCAGCACGCCCGCUCUGUUCCUGCCUAACGGGGCAACGACCUCGCCGCGAAGCCAGCCAGGGCAGCAGCGCCAGCCCACCUACCCCAACGACCCUCAGCGCAACUGCACCACGCAGCCAGCGGCCAGCGGCCAGCAGACGACGCCUGAGAGGACGACGCGCCGACGCGCCGUGGAGCAGCAGCAUCAGCAGCAGCAGUAUCAGCAGCAGGCGAAGGUCAGUCACGCCCGCCCUUCCCUUUCCGUCCCCCGUUCUCGUACCUGGCGGCCGGGAGCGACGAGACUCGUCCGCGACGCGCCCACCCGGCGAGCAGCUGAGGCGAGCGCGGCGGCCGAGGGCGCCAUUGGUGCCAUAUUUAUGACUGGGCCGGGUCGGGCAGCGCGCGCGCUGCCUCAAGCUUUUGGCACCCGACUCGGCGGAGGCGUGUCAGUGACCAUUCAACCCCUCCUGGGGACGCAGUACUCGCCGCUGUCCUCGGACAACCAAUGCAUCGACAGCAUUGGCUCUCAUGCACAUCAUACCUCCUAUGCAGGAGGCGGAGGAGGAGAAGGAGGGGUGCCGGACCCGCUUCCUCUUCGGCGUGACGGCGCGUUGGGCCAGUCAGCGAGCGGCUUGCAGUCGCUCCCAUCAAGUACUGGCUUCCGCUACCUGCCACACACCCACCGUCCCGCCGCGGCACAUGAUGGCAGCCACGCCGCUUGGCCCCCGGCUGCCUGCCCUGCCUGCCCCUACUGGCUGCCUUCGCGACCAGCUGCUGCCCGGCGCCCUAAGCCCCCCCGGGGGCCACCAUCUUCAGGCGCCCGAGCAAACACGUCGUCAUGCUGCCCGCUACUUCCGUCGUACGCACCUAACCCGAGCCCUCGGGAGUCCUGUCCUCCCGGCAGCGUGGUUGUCACAUUGAUCACACGACAACCCCAGGCCGUGUCAUCUUUUCCAGUCAAGAUUGUCGAGCCCGCGGUGCCACAGGCCCGACGCGGUUACACAUCAUUUCAGCACGCAGGAUCUGGCAUCUCCGACUCCAGCUCCGGCUCCAUCUCCACCAGCCCGCGCUCCAACGCCUCCUCCAUUGCCUUUUCCUCCUUCUCCCAGCCGGGGCUCUACGCGCAGCACCAGCCGCUGUACGGCCAGUCUCAGCUCUACGGCAGCAACCACGGCGCCUACCAGCAACCGUUCGGUGUCCCCAACAUGUCGCGACGCAUGUCUGGAAUAACGGACACAUCGCAAUCCGGCAUGUUACCUCCGGCACGAUCACCAGGGAUGGGCAAUCCCGUGUCACCGUCGCUCAGUGCGACCGCAAGGGACAAUUAUACAACUUCGACGCCGCACCUCAAUCGCCACGCUCUGUCGCCCCGCAGCCACGCCGAAUCCCUGAGCAGGACCUACACCUCCGUGCCCGACACCCCCCGCACCGUUCUGACUUCGGCCGGCACCCUUUCUCUCUCGCCCCCGAGCGGCCUUCCCUACGGAAGUGCAAGCAUGCUUUCCUACCAGACCCAGCACGACUCCCGCUCCCACCCCGAGUCUCCGCCCUUCUCUGCCCAGGAGACCUUCGGCGAGAUCACGGCCGGCGAGGGCCAGGCCGUCACUCCACACAUCGAGUGCAAGGUCGAAAAAGGCUUCUUCUUCUCAAACGACCACACUUGGACCUGUUACCGUAGAAACUACUUCUCCGUCAAUUGCUCAUACACGCUGAAUCCGCACCUUCCCAACAAUCGCCUCUACCUCAGCCGUGGCGGCCGCAAUGCGCCAGAGCAGAUCCAGGCCAUGGCCGUCACCCUCUCGGCAGCGGUCGACGGCGCAGCAGGGAAGUCGAUCGAACUUGUGCAGCAUACUCCAAAGCGCGACAAGGGACCGCAAAUGCAGAUCCAAAUGGAGAAGCUCCUCCCGAUGCCACCAGGUAAAGGCGCAGGUGAUACUCAUGGGUACCCACUCCAGUUUACCCACAACGCAGCAGCUCUGGCACCCCCGUUUCUUCCGCUCCAGCAGGACACGGAACAGUCAUACUCGCCAGCCGGACACUCGGCAACCAGCCAUCAACACACGUUCGAACGCAUUCAGUUCAAGUCUGCCACGGCAAACAACGGCAAGCGGAGAGCGCAACAGCAAUAUUACCACCUGAUCGUCGAGCUCUAUGCCGAUGUGCGACGGGCGACGGACGACCCCCCUGACUGGGUCCGCGUUGCCCAACGGGUCUCUGCUGCCGUGGUCGUGCGUGGGAGGUCUCCGAGCCACUACCAACACGAGGGCCCACACAGCGCCAACUCGUCGCGUGGCGGGGGCGCGGGUAGUGGUGCUGGUGGCCCGGGACACGCGGCCUACGGCGGCGCGGGCGCAUCGGGCAGCGCCGGUCGCGGCAUCUCCAGCAGCCUUGCCAUGCUCGGCAGCUCUGCGAUGGGCGGUACUGUGUACCGAUCGGGUCAGUACCAGCUAGAUCCCAGCCCGAUCGGCAGCCAUUCCGUCAGCUCGGCGAGCUCGAUGAGUGGAGGCCCGGUCGACGGUGUUGCGAGUGAGCACACGGUCAUGGAGGAAGAGGAAAACAAGGGCAUCGAGCCGUACGACGGCUACCAAUACUACCCCAGCCCGCUCGCAGAGGCGGGCCUUCCGAUCGGCUCAAAGCAGGAGUACGAUCCCACGAAAAGAGUCAAGAUUGAGUUCAGCGAGGCCUCUCUGCCAUCGUCAUACAGCGUUGGCGGGUGCGGGCGCUACCAAGGAGUCGACACGAGCCGUGGAUAUUACCCCGACCUGAAUGCCGCAGGUUAUUAG